AUGAGCUCGCCACCGCAGGAUCCGCCGGAUGGCGUUAAGAGUGACGGUGGUGGCGGCCGUAGCCGCUCUUUCAAGCCGCGGCCAAGCCCGCUCGCUUUUCCGAGAGACCGUGCCUACGGCACCCUCGGCAACAACAACGACAACGGCGGCGAGGGCUGCAGCAGCGCUGGCGUAGGAAGCACUCGGCAAAGUGGCCUUCUCAUGACCAGCGGCACAAACAGGAGGCUCAGCAGCGAUUCGAUGCCGCUGUGGAGCUACGCUGCCUCGCCCAUCAUUCAAAUUCGAGAUCACUGCCAUCAGCAGUGGUUGGCGGUCCUGCUUACUGUUGUUCUGCUCCUCGUCACAUUCUACUUUGUCUUCGGUCUUUCCGCUCCCAUACGGGCAGAGCGGUGCGCCACGCCGUUUGGCAGUCUACUGGGCGAGAGCAGAGGUGUGGCGGCGUACAGCAACUGCCGCAAUGACUACGGUGGGGAUCACAUGGAAAACUUCGUCUCCGUAGGGCUGCAGCGGCUCUACACCGGCUCCAAAUGGCAGGCCCUCGAGUACACCCGCCGCUACUGGAUCCUGACAUCGCUGCUGACCUUUCCAUCGUUUCCUAGGGCUGAUCAUACCAUUCUCGCUGAUGCCGCCAACGCCGUGAACGGGCGUCGUGGAAGUCGUGGCAGCUCCGUCGUUCCACUGGAGCGGUACACAAAUCUUUUCCUGUCAUCCCAGGUUCUGCAGAACAGCAGCGAAGAUAUGCCCGUUAUGAAACUGAAUGGAGAGGCCAACAACCUCUCAGCUAGUGUGCGGCUAAGAAACUGGCGUCAGGCACUCGUGCAGCCCCACGACAUUGUCGUGUACGCCAAGAAUUCGCGGACGCUGCCGUCUGCUCACGUCGCGGUUGUGACGGCGGUGCGCGGCCCCUUUCACAGCGUCGCCGCAGCCGGCAAGGAAGUGCACUGGUUUAUUGUCAAGAACGCCUCGGUACAGGGUCGGCAGCCUAUGGCUCCUGGGUCGACGUUGCCACAGCUGCUUCUGUCGCAGGAGCACGAGGUUGUGAGUGGCGCCGUGCCGCCGAAGAACAUGACUGGCAGUGACACCGCAAGGCGCCCUUCCAGCGGCGGCUGUGAGAACGUAUCUGCUGACGAGAAAGGCGAGGAGAUGGUGCGCGGGGGUAGCGUUCUCUACUACAAGGUGUUUGUUGCAGAGCAAAACUGGGACAAUUCUAAUUGGGAAACGCUGAGCUACUUGACAAGAUCUGACUGGCACAACAAAACCAACCGAAACACCAUAACCAAGGGCAACAGCAACAGGAAGGAGUCGUCAGCGACGCAGCAGCGAAGGGCUGCAACGCAGCUGCGCAACUUUACUCGAGUACUCCUCCUGCAUGAGUACUCGAACCCGCAUGGGUUCUUCCUCGAAGACACACACAACAAUCUCAUUCUAGGCUGGGUGCGCGCCUCUUCCGAUGCGUAA